AUGGCGUUGCCUACGAAUACCCUGAAAUGGUCCGCCCAGCUGGCGGUAGCCUCUCCGAACAAACGACUGGUUGGAGACAAGAUCACCUUGCCGCAGUCGGCACUUGAGGCUCUGCUGGCUGCGGCGCCGAUGGUUGAAGUUGAGCAGAGUGGCCGAAGAAAUGUUACCUCGAACUUUGAUCCGUUCAACCCCUACUCGUAUGCUGCCGAACGACAGGCCAGGGAGGCCCUUAUAGCCCGGCAACAGCAACUGCCACAUCCUCUCACUUUUCGACUCGUGAAUCCCGCCAACGGACGGGCAGUCUAUGCCGGCAUCCGAGAGUUCUCCGCAGAAGAGGAACAAAUCCAACUGAGCAGUUUCCUCCGCGAGGCCCUAGGCCUCGAGCAGGGGCCUUCAGAACAACCCACAAGAGAAGGCACUCCCAACGGGGAUGUGGCUAUGGUUAAUGGGUUGCCCGAGAAACGAGAGGUCAUCACCGUGCAUGCCCAUCAGCUGCCUAAAGGGACAUACGUACGGCUACGGCCCCUAGAAGCAGGCUACGAUCCCGAAGAUUGGAAAUCAUUACUAGAACGAUAUUUGCGCGACAAUUUCACGACGUUGACAAUGAACGAGAUUCUUGACAUCAGGGGUGCCCGACAUGAGCAUUUCAGAUUCCUCGUUGACAAAUUUGAGCCCGAAAAUGAGGGCAUCUGCAUCGUCGAUACGGACCUGGAAGUUGACAUCGAAGCUCUCAAUGAGGAGCAGGCGCGAGAAACGCUUGAGCGGCGGCUUGCUAAGGCUCGUCGAGCUCCUGGUACCAGCGAAGGCAGCUCAGCCGGAGGCAAUGUCAACCUCAAUGUGGACAACGCUGGCCAGGUCCUUGCUGGAGAAGGUGUCGACUAUGAGCUGCACCAGUGGGAUCGAAGUGCCGACCUUGAGCUCACUUUGAGGGUUGAUUCCGAUGAGCCAUUGAGCCUCGAUAUUCUUGUGAGCCCCAUGUCUGCUAGACAGCGUUCAAAACCGCGAGAGGACGAGUUCGUCUUUGCUGAUCUCAGCAAUUCCUUUACAAAGGUAAUGAAACUGUCUCACCGAAACGUUGAUAUGGAAAGCGCCGAAUCCUUGGCUAUUUCGAUACAUGCCUGGAAAGAUCCAGACAACGAAAAUACCGACCGCCCUAUUCCUUUCUCCUUUUCCAUCGCGAAUGCCGGUCCGUCAUCAAAAAAGUCUCUCUCAAACGGCGAAGAGCCCCUUGGGCCAGACGAGACAGUCUGCCAGAAUUGCCGUCAAAAAAUACCGAAGAGAACGCUGCCACUGCAUGAAGCUUUUUGCUAUCGCAAUAAUGUUGUGUGCCCUAAAUGUUCCAAUGUCUUUAUGAAGAGCUCAGAAGCAUGGAAAAAUCAUUGGCAUUGUCCUCUUGACGAUGACUUUGCGAAUAGUGACAUCGGCCGGAUGAAACAUGGGUCGUUGUUUCAUUUGAGUCAGCCGUUGCAAUGUCCAGCUUGCGACUUCCAGGCAUACGACCAACCCAUACUGGCACAACACCGCACCUCCACCUGUCCAGGCAAGACUAUCCUCUGUCAAUUCUGUCACUUGGAGGUGCCACAGCAGGGCCCGGAUGACCCAUCUUUCACCGACGCUGAGGUGUUGUUAUCUGGACUGACUCCACAUGAGCUCGCAGAUGGAGCCCGGACAACAGAGUGCCAUAUCUGCAGUAGGAUAGUGCGACUACGCGAUAUGAAGACGCACCUUGGCCUACAUGAUCGCGAGCGUAUAUCAAAGCCUGAGCCUCAAGUGUGCAUGAAUGACAUGUGCUCUCGAACGAUUCCAGCCAGUGAUGAGUCGCGGGUCCAGAAGGAACAGCUCGGCCUCUGCAAUACUUGUUUCGGUCCACUAUACAACAGUGCGUAUGAUCCUGAAGGAAAGGCUCUGAGACGGCGGAUCGAGCGGCGACUCUUGCAGCAACUGAUGGGUGGCUGUGGCAAGUCAUGGUGUCACAACAGUGACUGGUGCAGAAGCGGAUAUAAGAAUGCUACCGGUCAGGACCGCAUCUACUCGGCCAAGGAUGCCCUUCCAGUGAUAAAACCUGCCAUGGACUGCCUCGCGCAGGGUGAUGCGCCUAAGUCAGUCUCGUUCUGUGUCGAUGAGUCUCAACAGAGAAGGACACUUGCGGCUAAUAUGAUCGGACACGGAUCAGAGUAUGCUUCUGGAUGGGUAGCCAAAGCUGUGGAGGAGACCAAAGGAGACGUCCUUGCCGCUGAUGAGUGGCUCAAAGAACGCGCCCCAAAGAUUGGCGAAGUGAUGCAAUAA